UGUUUAUACACAUCCCACCCCUGAUAAAACCCACACAGCCGGGCGGGAUAUUUCAUCAGCAAGCAGGCAGAGUAGACCACUCUUCUGGCGUCGUUAAUUCAUUCUUUGAUACCAGAAGAUAAAGGAAGGCUCUAAUCUGCUGCUGCAACAUUCUGGGACAGCACACCUGCCACUUCCUACCAACACUAGAGGACCAGUAAUAGACCCAAACCCCAAGUCCUUUCAGUAGGUGGUCACAGGUGUUCUUUGUAAACCGUGUCAGUCACACUCACCCACACUAGCAGAGUCAAAACUCCUAGCCUUCUUUAGCGCCCACUCAGUCCCUGUAAACAUGGCCAGCAAGCUGUCCAAGUUUGGCAAAAUGUUGCUGCGUCGCCGGGCAUUAGACUGUUCUGGUGAAGAGACCCGCUUUGCCCGCUGCUUGUCCACUCUGGACCUCAUUGCUUUGGGGGUGGGCUCCACGUUGGGCGCCGGCGUUUACGUCCUGGCUGGCGAGGUCGCCCGGGAGAAGGCGGGACCGGCUAUUGUCCUCUGCUUCCUCAUCGCCGCUCUAUCCUCCAUGCUGGCUGGUCUGUGCUACGCAGAGUUUGGCGCCCGGGUCCCAAAAACGGGGUCUGCGUACCUCUACAGCUACGUAACAGUCGGGGAAAUCUGGGCCUUCAUCACAGGGUGGAACCUCAUCCUCUCGUAUGUAAUAGGAACGGCCAGUGUGGCCAGGGCUUGGAGCUCAACCUUUGAUAAUUUGGUGGAGCAAAAGAUCUCAAGCUUCUUCAAAGGCAUCAUGGAAAUGAAGGUCCCGGGAAAGGUGCUGGCAGAGUACCCAGACCUGUUUGCCCUGAUCCUUGUCCUCUUACUCUCUGGGCUUCUAGCUUUCGGUGUGAGCGAGUCUGCGCUGGUGAAUAAAAUCUUCACGGGUAUCAAUCUGGUGGUCCUGGGAUUCGUCAUCAUCUCUGGCUUUGUGAAGGGGAACACUGCCAACUGGAACCUUAAAGAAGAAGAUUACAUUACGUUCAUAAAUGCCACAAACAGCACCCACAAGCCUUUGAAUGUGGAGAAGGACUUUGGUGUGGGCGGUUUUGCUCCGUUUGGCUUCACAGGAGUCUUGUCGGGCGCUGCCACCUGUUUCUAUGCCUUUGUGGGCUUUGAUUGCAUCGCCACAACAAGUGAAGAGGCAAAGAACCCCAUGCGCUCUAUACCUAUCGGCAUCGUGGCCUCGCUGCUCAUUUGCUUUUUUGCGUACUUUGGGGUGUCCGCUGCCCUGACUAUGAUGAUGCCAUACUAUGAGCUGAAUACCCAGAGUCCUCUGCCUGUAGCCUUCAGCUAUGUCGGGUGGGGUCCUGCCAGAUACAUUGUGGCCUUUGGUUCUCUGUGCGCCCUGUCCACCAGCCUCCUAGGUUCCAUGUUCCCAAUGCCCCGUGUCAUUUAUGCGAUGGCAGAGGACGGGCUGCUGUUCCGGGCUCUUUCCAAGAUGAGUGAACGUACUAAAACCCCCGUCCUGGCAACCAUAGUGUCUGGCAUCGUUGCAGCUCUGAUGGCUUUUCUUUUUGACCUGGGAGCCCUGGUUGACCUCAUGUCCAUAGGAACUCUGCUAGCGUACUCCCUGGUGGCCAUCUGCGUCCUAAUUCUCAGGUACCAGCCAGGCACCCUGAACUCAUCCAGUCAGACGGAGAAGCUGAUGGACGUGGAGAGGAUCGAGAGCGGCGACGAGUACGGCAUGGAGAUGGACGACAAACCCCUGCGAGAGACCUUUACUGCCAAGCUGCUGUUUAGCCCCAGUGGAAAGAUUCCAACUGAGAUCUCUGGGACCAUUGUUUACAUUACCACUGCUGUUAUUUCUGUUUUCAUCACUGUGCUGUGCAUCAUUCUGGCUAACUUUCUGCCGGAGCUGCUCAGAGGCCAUCCGGCAGUGGUAGUCCCCUGCGCCAUCCUGACUCUGCUCUGCGGCGUCUGUGUUGUCAUCAUCUGGAGGCAGCCUGAGAGCAAAGAGGCUCUCACCUUUAAGGUCCCUCUGCUUCCCUGGUUGCCUCUUUUCAGUGUUUUUGUCAACAUCUACCUCAUGAUGCAGUUGGACGUCGCUACAUGGCUGCGAUUUGCCGUCUGGAUGGUCAUCGGUUUUGCCAUAUACUUCCUCUACGGCAUCAAAAACAGCAGCGAAAACGCCGACCGCUCGUUCCCACGCAAAUACGAGCUCGCUUCACAAAACAACAGCCCCGUUUAUAAGGGCACCCCCGAUGAGAGCAACCAAGAGGCCGGCAGCCUGUGAUGCGGACCCGCACAGACCUGGGGGGGCGUUACAAAGCAGCCACACUCAUUCGUGUCCGUCUGCAGUGUGGGUGGCUUGAAACGCUGCUUUAGGUUGAAAAGAAGGGGAGGCAAGAAAGCGCCACAAGCAUCUUACCUCUGACUCAGAGGAUGGCUCGACACUGUGAGAGAGCCAUUUCCUGGCCGAUGUGUCUGUUUUUACCCAGUUUAAUUCUUAAAUUCGCCUUAGCCCUCAGCAGACACUUAUAGCAAAAGCUUCAAAUGGACCCGACUAACCGAGUUCUGCUGUACUCCUUAUGAACUGUAAUCAUGGAAAGAUUUAACUUUGUUACUCUUUAGUGUUGGUCCGGUUCUUUUGUGCAGCUGCUGCGUUUACAAGUGUUGAGGCGGCACAGAGCAGCGGAUGAUAACUGAGCCCAAAAACAAAGCCAGGUGAAAACCCCUCAUGAAUGUUGGUAAAGACUAGAGAUGUGCGUGUUACAGUGUGGCAGUCCAAGCGCGCGCCGGCUGCUCUGAGGCUGUCAGGUUUACUGCGUCUCUCUUUAGGCAGACUACAUCCGUAGGAGGCUUGGAAUACUUGUUUUUCCGGCUCAGUUACAUUUUUUUUUUCUUUCUUUUUAAAUGAAGAAUUUAAACCGGUCGCUUUUUGAAGUAAACAGUAUUGUCAAAGUCUCCUGAAAUCUUGACUUCGGUUUAAUGUCCAGUCAUUUUGUGGCCUUUCACUUUAAUCUCCAUCAAUCACUGCGUUUGUGGAGUCGAGGCGGUUGCUGGAUGUACCCCCUCAAAAUAUCCGUUCAGAUCGUCGCCUGGCGAUGGCAAACCUGUCGCACGUUUGGGGGCGUGGGUCCAGAUCUUUUAACACAUUCUUUUUUUUCUUUUUUUACUAGGUUUUUCCUUUUGUGUAGUUUCAGUUGAAACUUGUUUCAGGCAGCUCUGUCUGUUGAGUUCCCAUCACCUGCUUUAACUACUUGAUAGAACUGUUAAUAUUUAAGUGUAACUAGCAUUAUUAUUAUUAUUUGUUUGGGGUAGGUUUUGUUUCAUGUGUAAAUCAGUUUGCUUUUUAGAUGUUGUACAGUUUGUAGAUCACUGAUCCUUUUUAUGUGCUUUUACUUUGUUGAAUUUUCACGUUGUUGUGCGUUUUUUCUGACCAAAACUUAAUUUUUUUUCUUUCCUCCCAACUUUCUGAAACGAAGGACGACCACUGAAAGCUGGUCUUUAAAUUAUUAUAAACCUAUUCCCCCCCACCCCCCCGAAAUUCUAAAUGCUUACAUUUUUUUUGUUUUUUUUCUUUGGUCAUAGCUCAAGUGCUUUACUGUAGAGUGUACAGUAUUUGUUAAAAAAAUUGAAUUUUUAUUUGUAUAACUCUGUAAAAUGAUUCAAACGCUGUCUUUUUGAAUAUGAUGUUUGAGAAGGAUUUUGUAAAUUACUCUUGACAUCAGAUGCUGCUAAAAAUCCUACUUUUAAAUUCUUAUAUCAUAAAAGUCCAUCGUGACGUUUUUAAGGAAAGUAUCUGUUGUGUUUUUGUAAAGCAGGAUCAAGGCAGGCCUGCAUUCAGUUUUUUUUACUCCAAAGUUAACAAGAAAUACAUUCUUGUGUCCUCAAAGUUCUGCCAGAGAGAGGCUUCCUGGCGGUGAAAGGCUGGUCCCUCAUCCCCUGAUCAAACCUGCUUUUCUGCAACUAAAUUAUCCUGAGCAGGUGAAGCGAUGAAGCUGAAUCGGCCCCUUUAGUCAGAGGCGUCACAUCACCAGCAACCAUGGCGGUUGCUUUAUAUCCUGUACAUACAGUAGGCUUGUAUCAUAUGAGCUGUAUUUUAUUUUUUAAUAAAAAUGUGAUUCAUGCCUUUUUCCAGA